UAUCUAAUAAGUUUCUUAUUGGAUUCCAUUUCCUAGUGGGAAUCAGGAAGUUUCGCGUUCAUCUCAUUUCCAAUUCCGCUCCCAUCGAAGCGGGAGAUGACAUAUUGAUAAAACAGCUGAUAACACUGUCCCAAAAUGUCAAUAACAAUCAGUGACGUUUCGCAUUGAAAAAUUAGCAAUUUCGAAUCUACCUUGUUUCUAAAAUGUAUUCUAUAAGUUCCGAGCUCGUGGUGAAAUAAUUAAUUUAAUUGGAUAUUUAAUCAACACAAAUCAUGACUACGAAAGAGUUGUACACAAAGGAUGCCCGGAUAUGGGUGGAACAUCCGGAGAAGGUGUGGGAAAGUGCCACGGUGACGUCAGAUUACCGGUCCGGAGUGCUUAUUGUGAAAUUAGAUCAAUCUGGGGAGAUACGACAAAUAAAAAUUAAAGAUGAGCAGAUGCCCCCGCUCCGUAACCCGUCGCUACUUAUCGGCCAGAACGACCUCACAUCGCUGUCGUAUCUGCACGAGCCGGCCGUAUUACACAAUCUUAAAGUCAGGUGAGUGCCAUAACCCAUG